AUGUCCUCCCAACCCCCACUCCCACCAUGGGCUCUCCCAGCAAUAACCUGGACCCUCCUGCAAACCCUCACAGGCCUAACAGCAACAUUCACCCCGGACACCUCGCGCCUCCGCUACCUAGCCGCCUUAACAACCGCCCUCCUCGCCUACACAUUCCAACUCAGCAUCCAGACCAACUUCGCCGGAACGCGCCCCUCAGGCCCCCUCGUCGCAAUGUGCUGGGUCAACGUCCUCAACGCACUCGACCUGCUCCUUCUAAGCCGCGCGUCAUACUCGGCGCAGGCUGUCUAUCUCCGAGCCAAGGAGGAAAAGAAGGACGACGCCACUAAAACAGAUCGAAUCCGCAAUUUGGAGUCCCCACGCGCAAAGAUCGUCUUUGCGCUCAUCCUCCCGUACAAUUACCGCCGCAUCGGGACGCCCUGGCAGAUCUCGCGCUUGCCGACCGUCGCCGCGGGCUCAAACAGAUUGCGUUUUUGCUGGUACUCCGUCGCAGCUGGAGUUGUUGGGGUGCUGCUAAUCAAUACACUCACCCUGUCGCCGUAUGACAGCGACCUCCUCCUCGCUCUUGGAAAGCUCGAUACAUCGAAGUCCGUCCUGCUUUUACCACUGCGCGUUCUGAAAGGCAGUUCACCCUUUUACGACCUCUGGCUGCAAGCGCGCUUCACGCUCUCCUUUGGAAUCAUCACGCGCGCAGCGAUAACGGCGUCGUACACGGCUGGCGCGGUUGUUGCGGUGCUCCUCGGCGCUGAUCCAGCGGACUGGCCGCCCGUCGCGGGGAGUCUGGGGCAGGCGUGGACGUUGCAGCGGUUGUGGGGCUACUCGUGGCAUCAAACGCUCCGGCGCCCUCUAUCCGCGAACGCGACGUUUCUCGCGUCAGUGCUUGGAUUUGAGCCUCGGAGCCCGGGGGCGCAUUGGAUCCGGGUUAUGUUUGCGUUUGUGGGAUCGGGGAUCGUCCAUGCAGCGUGUGAUAUGGGGUUCGGGAUUCUAUUUGAGAGGAGUGGUGGGCUUGUGUUCUUUGUGCUGCAGAUUCUGGGGCUGGUUGUUGAAUCUGUGGUUCAGAGAAUUGUUGCUAGGCUCGGGUUUAGCACGGAUGGCUGGGUAGCUAGGGCAGUUGGGUACAUCUGGGUUGCGACGUUCUUGCUCUGGACCACGCCCGUCUGGAUCAACCCGAUUCUUGUAAAUAUUGUGAAGGAUGGGGUCAAUGGGAUGAGUCCCUGGUUGGGGCUUCGGCCGGGGAGGUUUUGA